AUGGAGGGCAGAAGGCAGAUGGAAGCAUUUAGACCUCCUGUGGACACGGGAGCUGGUUGCGAGAAAGUGGACCUAGAUAUUUUGGCAAAGUACAUCAAAGACGUCACCGUCCAAGGCACUCCCACUGAUCUGUCACUGCAGCAUGGCGAUGGCAUCGACAUAGUGCACCUCAACUACCAAACGAAUGUGAAGGAGAUUGGAACACUGUUCACCAUACAGGUGGGCGAAAGACAUAGUCGCACGCUCAAUCAGAGGGGCCUGUACAGAUACAUGGACUGGACGCUGACAGAUCUUCUGUCCGUUUUGGCAAAGAUCAAAUCCGCUGCGUUCAUGAAAGACCCGAAUUUAAGGACAAUGAUCCGAAAUGCAGAAGCCUUGCUCAGCUCACUACCCGGCGUAAACUGCCGAGAGGCGGAUAUCCCGGACAUUGACUCGAAGCACACGAACCGAUUGAACGCUAUACUCUCGUUGCUGGAGAAAUUUGUCCUGAGCUACUGCCAAACUUUAGGCAACAAUGCCAAUAUACGUGGUGAACUGAUCCGAUCUCUAGGGUCCAUCAGGGCCCUGGCACAGCUGUUGAAGGCGCAUAUCAGUAACGACGGCUCCAUAUCCCGAAUUCAAGAACUCAUAUUAUUAGGACUGCUAGUACACGAGAAGAUAUAUCAGAAGGGCAUGGACCACUGGUCGUUGCACCUGUUGAAGUUAGAGAAGGAUCCCAAAAAGAACCAAUUGGAAUUAUUGCUGUGCGAGUUCCGCAAUUGUGUGUUUGUAAAUCUGAUGGAUGUAGGGUGGAAGUGUAUACUCUACAGCACAGGGCUGCCUGGGUUUAAGGUCGGAAGUACCACAGAUGUGCUUAGGAAUCCGCAUGUAAUGCCGUUGCUGCCACCAUACAUCCAAAGCCCUGACGGUGUGCACAUGAACCGAGACUUCCGUGAUUUCUUUAUUGGUGCGUCACAAUACCGCGGCGGUGACGGUGUCGGAUCGUCCGCUUAGUAUAUCCAAAGAGAAUAAUCAUAAAGUAUCAAUAAAUAGAACUGGAGUAUACGUG